CCUACGCGCGCUGCGGCCAGUGAAGUCGUUCGAUCGACACGCUGCUAGUCGUCAGUUAGUUGGUGCGUUGCGUUGUGCCAGUACGGAUCGGGGAUCGCGGUCGAACGGGAAAAAAGGAAGAACAUCAGUGAUUUGGGUUCUCCAGUUGAGGAAUACUUAUUAAAUUGCAUCAUCAGACAACGCAAGCCGGACUGUGCUGGGGUAAGCCGAGUCGAAUCCAGAUCAUCACCAUGCGGCGACUGGAGCUGACGGUGUUGAGCCUUCUGCUGGUGACCUCGUGUCUAGUGGCGGUUCGCGCCAUCGAAGAUGAAGGCGAUGACCUGCUGGACGAUAGCGCCGGCGAAGAGUUCGACGAAGACGACGAGGCGCUGCUGAGGCAAAUCGAAGCCCAGCACGUGCAGAAGCAGUUCGAGAAGGAGGACCAAAUGGCCAGGGAGCUGGCGGCCAAGAUCGCAGCCGAGCACUACAACUUCGAGGGCGUUGAAACGCUGCCCCGACUGGCCGAUCCGUGCAAGGGAGUUCGUUGCGGUGCCGGGCGGAUUUGCCAGGCCGAGGGUAGCGAGGCCAAGUGCGUGUGCAUUCCGGAAUGUCCGGAAGAGCCGGACUCCAGACGGAAGGUGUGCACCAACCUGAACGAAACUUGGGACUCGGCUUGCGAAGUUCACCGGCAGCGGUGUCUCUGCAAUACGGAUGAUCCACGUUGCCGCGGGGAGGAGGUCAAGCACGUGCACAUUGACUACUACGGAGGGUGUCGCGAUAUGCCGGACUGUUCGGAGAACGAUUUGGCCGAUUUCCCGCGCCGUAUGCGCGACUGGCUGUUCAACGUGAUGCGUGAUCUGGCCGUACGCAACGAACUGCCCGAAGCCUACAUGGAACUGGAACAGGAAGCGGAAACCAAUCUGACCAAGCGGUGGACGAAUGCCGCCAUCUGGAAGUGGUGCGAUCUGGAUGGACAUCCGAAUGAUAACUCCGUCUCGCGGCACGAACUGUUCCCGAUUCGGGCCCCGCUGAUGACCCUGGAGCACUGCAUUGCCCCGUUCCUGGAAACGUGCGACCCGAACGGAGAUCACAGGAUCACCCUGAACGAGUGGGGCAAGUGUUUGGAGUUGGAAGAGGACGACCUCACGGCACGUUGCGCCAAAAUCACCAAAGAGGAUGAGUUCGAAAAAAUCGAGCUGGAAUUAGCAGAUCCAAACUAGAAAAGGUAAUAAUUGUUAGGCCCUCUUUUCUCUUCUCGUCGCAGUCUUCUAGCGAAUGUCGACUUAUCCUUCGGUGUUGAUCCGAACACGAAUACUCUUAAAACCUACUUUGUAUGUAUCUCCCCCUCCAGUUCUCAAAUAUGUGCCCUGCCUAGUGUUUUAAUUGAGAGUGGUGUGUCGCAUCACAGUCCUAGAGAUAAGCUGGAUGUAUAAUUGAAUAAUUUCUAACGAUAAUUGCCAUUUCCUAGGAACGUAACAGUAAACUCGUGGAACACA